CGGCUUUUUCCGGCGUUCCGCCACCAGUCUUCUCAUCUGCGACUGCGGCGCUCCCCUUCCCUACCGGAAUCCCCGGUUUUGCUGCCCCCCAGCCCGCGGAGUGGUCGGAUCCUUCUUCCGUAUGCGUGCGUGGUGUGCGUGGAGUUUGGUUGUCGGGUUCAGGAAUUCUAGGAAUGGCAGCAAACUAAUCUUCUAACCUCAGGCAGUCCAUGUUUUUGAGGAGCAAGGAGGAGGAGGAGACCAAGAACACGGAGUGAAAGGGAGAGGGUUCUGUUCUUGCUUCUUAGGCCAUAUGGAGAUCCAGCAGCAGAAGGGGGUUGGCAAUUCCAAAGUUGUGAAGGUUGAGAAGGAGGAGUCAUGGGAUCUGUUCGUCAAUCAAGCAAGCAACGAAGGCCACCCUGUUGUUGCCCACUUUGGGGCUUCAUGGUGUGUGACUUCGCUGUCCAUGAACUACAAGUUUGAGGAGCUAGCUCAGACACACCCUGAGAUACUGUUCCUCUAUGUGGAUGUUGAUGAUGUCCAGAGUGUUUCGUCCAAGCUUGGAGUGAAGGCCAUGCCGACAUUUUUUCUCAUCAAGGACAAGGAGGUGGUGAACAAGAUUGUUGGUGCCAACCCAGAUGAGGUCAAGAAGAUGGUGGACGCUUCUGCUGAGUCCUUUGGAGUUACUGCUCCUCCUGAUAUAGUGGUGGAAUAGAUAUAUAGAUGUUGCCUUUAUCUUCAGAAACUUCUCUGUGACCGUGGGUGCUUCUUGGUCAGGUCCGGAAAAAUGCGUCCAUGUGUACAUUCUAGCUUUGCUCCUGUGACUCUGAAUGGUGUCCCUUUGAACUGAUAGGCUUGUGCCUUGCGGUAGUUUGUUCUGCAGGCUGCAGCUGUGGCUUUACCAUGCUCUAUGAAAUUUACUUACAUGUGUUUCCAGUUGAAAAAUAUGUGGUUCAGACUUCAGAGUUUAGACUAAAAAGAUUUGUUGACAGUA